AGACUUAGCAACACAGAGUCCAGGAAUGUGGCUUUUCCUACGAGGUAAACAUACUAUUUUUCCGCAAAUCGUUUAAAAUUCGACAGAUAUUGAUUGAUUUAAAAAAAACGCGAUAAUUUUAUUCCCAAAUAAAUGGUGCUUUGAAAUUCCUAAUAAAAUUACUUGGGUUACUAUGGAAACGUAUUGAGGUUGAAUUGUCAAACUUGACGCUUAUAAAUUUAAUUGCUGGUGUUCUCGAAAGUAAAAUGAUAAGUGAUGAUGAAAUUUCCAUUCCUGGGACUCCUCCAGAGCUGGUUGAGGCAGUGAAUACUGCUUCCUUAGAAUUAUUGCCAAAGAAAUCAAGAGAAAAGUACGAAAAUGCAUACAGACGUUUUAUGGAUUAUCGCAUGAGUAAAAAUACGAGUUCUUUCUCAGAAAAUGUUGUAAUGGCAUACUUCCUAGACCUUUGUUUAAAGAUGAAAUCUUCAACAUUAUGGGCCAAUUAUUCAAUGCUGAAGUCAACCCUUGCACUUAAACACAAUAUAGAUAUAUCUACAUACUCAAAACUUCGUUCUUUAUUGAAACGGCAAGCUCAAGGUUAUAGGGCAAAGAAAUCUAAGAUUUUAACGAAGGAAGAAAUUGAAAAAUUUAUCCAGGAAGCUCCAGAUAAAGAAAAUUUAAUGAUUAAGGUAAUUUACAAGGUUUUAAUAGCAAUGUGUUUUCUAUCAUUUAUGUAGAACACUAACAACUGUACGGAAAUAUCAUUUCCUUACAGUAAGGAAAUGACAUUUCCUUACAGUAAGGAAGUCCUGACUUUUUCUUCAAGAAAUUUUGACAGGAAUGUCAAAAUUUCCUGGCGAUUUGCGGAAAAU